AUGAUUAACGUCACACAUCCCUUCAGAAGCAAUGCAGCGCAGUCCCACAUUGCUGACGCUGUGGCCGAGGAUGUGCUCGAUACCAUCUCCUCAAUCCUGGAACAUUGUGGACCAUUCGCAGACCCCCAGACACGGUUUAAUGGGCUCUCCGUACUGCACAAAAUUGGCAAGACGAUGGCGCUUUCUACCGACGAUACACUGGGCCGUAAGGUUCAGGGGCGGUUCGAAUCCGAUUCUUCUCUUGUAGAUGGGAUGAAAGAAAUCAUCAAUUCUAUGACACCGGAUGCAGUCCGAGUGAUCAUAGAGGAUAACUCGAGUCCAAAUGCAUUGUGGCCAAAAUUACAGGAAUUGUAA